UCAAAUGCGAGAGGUCAGAAAGAGCUUUCAAUUACAAGUUUUAGGAAAUCGAAGUGGAAAUGUUGACUGCAAUGUGAGAUACUCGUGAUUUAUUUUUCUCGUCAUUGAUUGUCUGCAUGUAAAGGAUAAGAAGUGGGGCAUGUGUCAAGGAGGAGCUGCUUUGACGCCAUGAAACAAUGCCCUUUGAAAAUGUUUACAUGAUUUGCUCAAGAGGAAUGUCCAAUGUAGGACCAAACAUUAAAGUUUUUCCACAGUGGAAGAAUAUAUGGAAAAUUGCCAAGAUUACUGGGGCUGUUCUUUUAGGGGGCUGCUUGUUUUUCACUUAUGAAGUCAUAUCAUUGAGCAGAGCAGUUACUCUUAAUACUCAAGCAGUUGAGCAAGAGAAGCACAAGUCCUACAUUUAUUUAGACUCUAUUCAUUUCAAAGAUCAGGAUACACUUGGAGUGACUUACAGGAUCAGGAAGGAUUUGCAUAGAGCAGCAAAACGAUUUGUAGAAACAUCAGCUAGGAUUUUGCGCCGACCCUUUGACCGUUACCUUAUUACACUGGAUGCAGACCCACAUGAAUUUGUCCUUUGGCUACUUCUGAACAAGACACAGGCUGCUGACAGAGCCACACGACUGCAGGCUGUGCAAGAUUUGGCUGAGAGCUCUCAAUUACAAGAUUAUCAGUAUAGGACAGUGGCUCAAGCAUGUGAUCAAAGAACAGCAGUUGGCUUCGCACGAACCCAGGGAGUUGACCUGCGCUUUUUCCUUCCUCCACCUUCAUUACCUGAAGGUCAUGAUAAUUGUUCAACAGAGGAUCAGCUUAGAGAGUUGCUGGCCUCACUUCCCCAGUCAGAUGUGGAUGAAUGUGUAAAAUAUUUUACUUAUCUUGCCCUGAGGGAAAGCAGCGAAUCUAUUGCAGCACAAAGGGGGGGACUUUGGUGUUUUGGAGGCAAUGGGCUACCUUAUACUCAAAGUUUAAGCUCUGUUCCGUCUGAAAAGGUGGAAACCUUCUGUUUACAAGCUCUGGUUCAUCAUUCUAAGGAUUCCAGACAUUGUGAUACAAUUGUAGCAAAGAGAGGACUUCAGCUUUUACAGAAGAUUUAUCAGCUGCGACAAGAUUCUUUAAAAAUUCAACGUACUAUUGUCCGUAUUAUAGGCAACCUAGCCCAAUGUGACAGUUUGCAUAAUGCAAUAGUUCAAUCAGGCUGGAUUUCAUUGUUAGCAGAGUUAUUGAAGUCUCCACAUAUCAUUCAAGCUUCACAUGCUGCUAGAGCCUUGGCUAAUUUGGACAGAGAUGCAGUGCAAGAGAAAUAUCAAGAUGGGAUAUAUAUUUUGCAUCCUCAGUUUCGCUCUAGCCAGAAAAUCAAAGCUGAUGUCCUUUUCAUACAUGGUCUGUUGGGAGCAGCCUUUAAGACAUGGCGACAGCAAGACCUAGAUGUAGUACAAAAUGGGAAAGCUGCAGGUGAGAAAGAGGACUACACAGACUGCUGGCCAAAGACAUGGCUAGCAGCAGACUGCCCAAAUUUAAGAGUCUUGUCUGUUGAAUAUGACACUCAUCUAAGCGACUGGAGAGCUAAAUGUCCUGCUGAAAAUCAAAGGAAGUCAUUGGCUUAUAGGAGUCAAGAGUUGCUCAAAAAGUUAAAGGCAGCAGGUGUUGGAGAUAAACCAUUAGUAUGGGUGGCACAUAGUAUGGGAGGUUUACUUGUGAAAAAGAUGCUCCUAGAUGCAGCAAAAGACCCAGAGCUACAAACUUUGCUAAAUAAUACUCGAGGAAUAAUAUUCUACAGCGUUCCCCACCAUGGCUCCUUUAUGGCGGAAUACUCAGUUAAUGUUAAAUAUAUACUUUUCCCAUCAGUGGAAGUAAAAGAGCUCAUUAAGGGCUCUCCUUCCCUUCAUGAACUAAAUGAGAAUUUUCUGACUGUGGCAAAGGAGAAGGACUUAAAAAUACUAAGCUUUGCAGAAACAUUGCCAACAAAUAUAGGCACUAUGAUAAAAAUGAAUAUUGUGCCUGUUCAGUCUGCAGAUUUGGGAUAUGGAGACUUAAUUCAAGUGGAUGUUGACCAUCUGAACAUCUGCAAACCGCAGAAUAAAGACUCGUUUCUUUAUAAACGCAGUUUACAGUUUAUUAGAGAUGCACUUGCAAGUGAACUCAGUCAUUAGAAAUACAGACUUCAUUACUUAGUUCUUAUUUUAAGCUCUAGUGCAAUAUUGUGUUUUUACACAUUUUUUUUUUUAAUUCAUAGUGUUUCCUAUCCAUCGUAUGUUUGCAUCAUUUUAGUUACCAGUGUUAGAAAGAAACCAUAGUAUACCUGAAAAAAAAUAUAGUUGAUUUAAAUGUGCCAGCAAACAACCCUAUCCUUAGAUGGGGAUUUGAUUAAAUAUUUUGGCAAAUCUUUUUUUUAUCAAAAAGGCUAAAAAAAAUAAUCAGAGUAAGUUGUGAAAAAAUGCCAUUGAUGUCCCUGAAAGAUUCUGGAAAGCUUGUUUCCUUAAUGUGCCUACCCAGUCCUUGCUUAAAUCUUUUUCUCUGGCUGCCAAAUGGAGAGUCCGAUUGCGUAUGUUUCCUGUUAAUCUUAAAAUCAUACAUACACUGCUCUCUCUGAUCACUUGUCAGAACUUGUAUUAAAUGAUGUCCUAAUUCUUUGUAUAAAAUUACAUUUUCAAAAUGACCUUGCAUUUAUUUAGCUGAUGCACUAAAGCAAGUUAUGCGUCUUGGUGCUGCUACCUGCUUAUGCCAAGAUGUGCUUAAUCCUUAGUCUUCUUAAUUUAUGCUUUUACGUGCAGUUUGUUUUUAUAGAAAUUAUUUAAAAUAAUAAUAAUGAUGAUUGAAGAAAACAUUUUCCAGGUUGGUGAAUUGCACAAUGGGAUCAAUGCCGUACUGAGAUGUAUAGUUUUACUGAGUCAUAUACUUUAUUUUUAAUUUAUUCAAAUAAAGUAAAAUGAAAAAUG